CACAGCUUCUUGAUACUCUUUAAAACGAUCACACCAUAUCACAGGCAGACCAAAACGAAAGCUGCAGAAUUCGUCUCAGACAGAACAAAAUAGAGCUUGCGUAUCAGAUACAGAUAGCGUUUUGGGUUAGACAACCAGGUGAAUAUGGCCUUUCAAAAGUUGGAAAGGAGUUGCCGAACUCCAGACGGAUGGCGCUUGGCAACUGUGGAAGAAGCGAAGCACAAUCUGGAUUCAAUAAAGCGUGAUAAUCUGUUAGGGGAAUGGGACAGAGCCCGUCUUCUAAAUGGCUGGAUAGGAGGCGCUGGUUACGACUUCAAUGUCCAAGAGGGUUUCAGAAGCUGUCUUGGAUACAUGUUAGUCGUUCAGUCACUAACUCCCGAAAUUCUCAACACAGAUGACAGGAAUGCGGCCCUAUAUUCCAAGGUUCCUAAAAUGAGUAACGAGGAAAGGAGUGCAGCGUUGUUGUUAUGCUGUGAAGAUUGGAAUAAGGAAGUUCUUUAUUGGUUGACGGCAGGUGAGACAGAAGAGGUUCGCGCGAGGGAGAAUGCAAUAUGGGAAAGUGAUGAAACAAAAGCGGCAAGCGAACUAGUAAGCGCAAUAGCCAGGGAGUGGCAGGGUGUGUGUACAAAGAGCAGAGUGCCAACAACGGAAUUGUCCCUCGCUUCUGUGGAAGAAUUCAAAAGCAACAUCCGGAAGCUUUUCCAAGACUUGGAGAGCAACACUCGAAAGCUUUUUGAAGAAUCAUUCUCACGCAUUGGAUAUAAAUAUUUGAGUGAAAUGGGUUUGGAAAGGUAUUUGGAGGUGUUUGAAGACUCUGGGUUUGACACAAGCGUGCCCUCGACUUGGGAGGCCGUUGCUCAUACAGUCUGGUAUGUUGAGGUGGAAACCGGGCUUUCGGCGAGCUUCUCCCUCCUGUGUUCCGGAUUAUAUGAUCAACUGGUGAUGCAUUCUCAAACAGAGAGCAUGGACGAUCGAACAAUUCUCGCAUCACUGAUUGGCAGGGCCUAUGAGUUAUUAGAUGACACCGAGGAUAUUUAUUCGGCUUUCGUAAAGGCAGCGGGGACACAAACCGAAGGCAAUUGCGAGCAGUUUGAUAAAAUUUUACGUGACCAAGGGUUCCCAACGUUGAGCUGUAAAGGCAAGUAUGAUGUCUUAGGCGCCUUUCUUGAGGGGGCGGCAAGGGAUGGUGAUGUAAAUUUGUGGACUUAA